AAAAAGAUAGAAGAUGGCUCAGAAUCGUGCGACGAGGCAUCAUCUUCCACACAGUUUCCGGAACCUUUAGACGGCGGUUAUGGCUGGGUGAUUGUAUUUGCAUCAUUUUGCAUUCAUUUCAUUUGUGAUGGAAUCUCAUUCUCGUUUGGAAUAAUGUUUCCCGAAAUUCAACAGUACUUCAAAGCGACGAAGACCAUGUCAGGGGUUGUUGGAUCAAUCUUCUUAUCAAUACCACUGCUAUCAGGCCCGUUGGCAGCAGUGCUCACAGACAUUUACGAUUGUCGCAUGAUGACGUUCGUCGGUGGCGUAGUGGCCGCAAGUGGCUCAUUCCUAUCGUUUUUUGCAUUCGACAUAACGCACUUUAUGCUCACAUUCGCUAUCAUCACGGGAAUUGGUCUGAGCUUUUGCUACAAUACAGCGAUUGUUGCAGUCACUUACUACUUCCAGAAGAAACGUGCACUGGCCACCGGAAUCGCUGUGUGUGGUUCAGGCGUUGGAACGUUCGUGUUUGCACCGAUUAUUGAAGUGUUAUUCAAUAAGUUCGGUUGGCGUAUAACCCUGAUUUUUAUUGGAUUCUUGUUGCUUUUAUUGGUGGGAUGUGCUGCGAUAAUGAAGGAUCUGGAAUGGCCGCAGGAUACGUUGGAAUAUAAGAAGAAGAAGUUUAUCGAGAAAACAGAAAAGGAACGUGCGAGACAAGGUUUUGGAUUGGUCACUGAGGAGAUAGAGCCAAUGAAUGGAGUGGUGUAUAGUCGAAGACGUGCCAUCUCGUUGCCUGAGCUCUCGAGCAGUGUCCGAUGGUACUUACAGCGAAUUCAGGACACCACCUCAAAUAUACAGCUGGUGCGUGAUGUGGCGAAUGAGAUGCAAGAGUGCGUGUCACGAAGCAAAAGUGUGGGCACAUUCCUUCGCUCGGCAACGAAUAAUUUCAGUUCGGAUCUACAAGUUGUUCCAUCAAAAAUAAAUAGUAACGGUAGAAGAUGUCUUCGAUGGAAUUCAGUGGGUGCACUUGAACGAGGUAGCGAUGAGUCGGUUGAGCGCGAUUGUGUGAUCAGUAGACAUUUCAGUUUGAUAAGCGAACGACAGAGUGAUGAUUCGUCAACAACGCAGUCGAAUGAGGGUGAUGCGGGUUCGUCGAGAUUUCUCACCAUAACGGCUGCUGAAUCAAAGGUGGAUGAUUUGGAAAGGCAGAAACGAGAAGAUGAACCAUUGUUAUUAGAUGGUGAUGAUGCCAGGCUGCGUAAAAACUCUUUGGGCGCGUGCGUUAGAGAUGCUCGAGCGAUGCCACGUUUCGCGACAAUGCUAAGUGGUGUGGGCACAGCGCAAGGUCGUGUUCCGGCUUCCAAUAUAAUAACCUAUCCAACAAGAAUUAAUAAUGACAUCUGUUUAUUUGCUCUGAACAACAAUAGUAAUAAUAUGCAUCAGCGAGUACCCUCUGCACCUGCGAUAUUCUUCAGACGAAAACGCAAAUCACGUCGUCACCUGCAAAUUGCGAAGAUGCUAGAGUCGACAUGCGAGUGGCUAUCGGUAACCAAGUCCCUUCUAUUAAUACCGACAUUCCUAAUGUUCCUUGUAAGUACAUUCGUUUUAUAUAUAUUCUUUGAUAUACCCUAUGUAAACUUCCCGGAAUAUGCAGUGGAACAUUUGAAUGUCACCCAAACAACAGCUUCAUAUCUGGUGUCGUCAAUUGGUUUCAUGAAUACAAUAUCAAUGUUGCUAUGUGGCUUCUUGGCUGAUUGGAAGAAAACUAGAGAGCAAAUCAUAGUGCUCUAUGGAGUGUUCAUAGUGUUGGCAGGUUGUUGUGUUGUGCUCACACCGUUUGUCAACUCCUAUCUACUCGUUUUGAUGUUGUGCAGUGGCUAUGGAUUCUUCAUAAGUGCCAAUUACGUGCUUGCCUCGGUGAUCACUGUACAUCUGCUGUGCUUGUAUGACUUCCAGACCGGUUACGGACUACUCUGUCUGGUCGAGGGCUUGGGUAACCUCAUCGGACCUGCCCUUGUCGGGUUUAUUCAUGACACUGUUGGAACGUAUAGGAAUAUAUUUUUGGUGGGCGGAUGUGGAACAAUAUUUUCGGGACUGUUGGUGCUCUUCAUAGAGGUGUACUUGAGAGUGCAUGCGAGUGAAUGCGACGAGAACGGACAUCAGUUGGUCAUUUGA